GGCCGGUUGCGUAGCAACUGUCAGAGGGAUACUAAUCAAACAAAUAUAAUGAAGGCGCUUCCAGUUACUUUUCUUUGACUUUCUUUUUAUCCUUUAAAUACAAUGUCGAAAACACAGUUAAAGAAAAAGGAACCUUCGUCCAGUAAAACGUCUUUAUCUGACCGGCAGUCUGAGGCAGCCAACUCAUCAGAGAGCCUCGGGAAUGUCGGGAAAAGCAGAUUUCACAUCUGGCCUGAGUGGAGCGAUGCCGAAGUCAGCAAGGAGAAGUGGGACUCAUCUAAAGGAGCCGAAGGCAGAAAGUCAAGCAAGAGUCGUCAAUCUGCAUUCUUUGAAGAUCCAGAAGGAAGGCUUUCAUUGCCUUCAGGCCUGAAUGUCCACAAAUGGAGGCGUCCAACAGAGUUCAUUGUUGAUAAGGAUGUCACUGUGGUUGAAAACCAAAUGGACUUUGACCUGGUCUCCCCCAACAAUCAUUUGCUUGGUUGUGAGCUGAUGCGGUGGAUGAUCAGUGAGAUCCAUAUUGUUUGGAUGCUUUAUACCUGCUCAGCUACACAGCAAGAUAGCUGGAAACCAUGGGAGCAUAUCUACUCAUGGUGUGAUGUGGUGGAAGGUCACGUGCCACUUUAUAACAGCUAUGGAAAAUAUGUGAUCAGACUUUACUGGAUGGGUUUCUGGAGAAAGAUAACCGUGGAUGAUUACAUGCCAUUUGAUGAGGAAAAUAAUCUGCUUCUCCCUGCCACUACUUGUCAGUCAGAGCUAUGGCCAUUGCUGUUGGCUAAAGCUCUAAUUAAAGUAGCCUACACAAAUACAGCUUCCAGGGUUGGCGGGGAGAUGGGUGAAUUCACCUUUAUCCACACUCUCACUGGCUGGAUACCAGAAAUAAGACCUAUAACGCCUGGGCACUCAAGGAAAAUAUGGGAUUUCCUUCAAGACACCAUUCCUAAAUUUAAACACGUGGAUGAUAGUUUGGCAGUGAUGAAGGCUGACGUUGAAGAUCCAGCUGGAGGGACAGAUUUCCAUCUAAAAGACAAUAAGAGUCUGCUGCUGGAGACAGAUAACAGCAAAGGUGCACUGAACGUGGCAGUAUGUGCCAGCUUCUACCCUUUUCGACAACAAAAUUAUUUUGGGCUUGUUCAAACGGCAAAUUCCUCAGAGCUUUUACGUUAUUAUGGCUUAUCCAUGCUGCACAGCCAUGUUGUCCUAUUGACCAGAACCCGUGCAUGUGAACUGGACCCUCCCCCCAAACCUCCGACGGUGCCCCGAUGGAAACUCAUCCGUCCGCGCAAGAAGACAGCUAUCUCAUCUGAGCCACAAAAGCAUCCUUUGCCAAAACCAGAACAGUUCAUCGAGGUUGCCAGCCCUUUUCUUUUUGGCAGUGUCAUAAGCAGCAGGGACUGUAUCCCAGAACUAGUGGCCAAGCAGAGCACUCUCAGGAUGCGUUUCCAUGGAUCCCCUUUGGUGUCGAUUUCGGAGACAGAGGAGACAGAGGUAACAGAGGUGACAGAGGAGACAGAGGAGACAAAGGAGACAGGGAGCCUUGAGCCAGAUGUAGCUGAACCAAACAGCCUGGGCGAACUGAAGGUUACAGCAGAGGACAAGAUAAAGGACAAUGAUCACAUCUCCAGUGAUCAACCAACAACUGCAACUGAAGAGGCUGCAGCCAAGGAUGCCAGGCCCCUACUGAAGACCUGGGUGGACAUGGAUGACUUUGCAAAAUGUUUUCAGACUUUGUUGGUCUUUCAUAAACCCCAGAUGUAUGCUAAUCAUAUCCAGAAAUCACAUUUCAAGAGCAUUGUUCUACCAAAAGAUACGGGAGGUAUCAGCUGCUCUGGGACGUCUAAUCAGUGUCUUUUCAAUAGAUCCCUGGAUGUAGCAAGCGCUGAGUGUUCAGAGGUGAGAGGGACUUCCUAUCUAUAUGUCGACUCCCUGCAACCUUCCCAGAUCCUCACCAGUUUGUCUGCCCUUCUUCCCUGGGGAGAUAUGGGUGAAGAGACAUCUCAUGUAGAGAAACAGUUAUCUGGUGUACACAGAUCUGCAGUACUACUUAUUCAACCUCACUCCUGGACAAGCAGGCAGUCUCAGCUUCCAGUUCUCACCAUCAAGACCACCUACUCAAAGGCAGAUAUGCUUAGCUUACCAGCAGGGCGCCAUGUGUUUUGCCUUCACGCACAUGGGACUCUAGGCUACCACAUCCACCUGUGCAGCAAGACACAGUUCAUCUUAGGAGAUGAAGAAACCAUCAUGCCCUACCUUACAAAGGAAAGUGUUCGCUUCACUGAGCAGGCCUUGGCCAUAUUCAGGACCUUGUCCAGCAUGGUUGCUUGCUUUAGUGAUGAGCAGAAGUUGCCGUCACUCAGAGAGACUCUGGAAGAGACUCAUUGCCCCCACAGCAUCAGCUCCAGCACAGGGAGAUGGAAACACCAAAAGGUGUUUAACUCAGCAGUUUACCACAUGGUUUGUGAGGCCCUGGGCAGAAAGCUGACAUCAAAGGAACACUUUGCACUUCAAGCCCUUACUGGUGACCCCUCACUCUUGGCCUCUGAUCCAGAGAUAUCAGCUCCGACAUCAGAUACAAAGCCAUCUGAAAUGUGGGAAGACAGUGAGCCAACAGACAAAGAAAUCCAGGCAGCCAUCAUUCUUCAGGCUGGAUUUAGAGGGCACUUGGUGCGAGGGAGGCUUAAUGCCUUAAAACCUGGAACAAAGGAAAACCUUCAUGCUUCCAAGAUCCUUUCAGAUAUGUGGUUGAAGAUUCAAUCAGAUGCAGACAAACAUGCUGCCAUCUUGCUACGAUACAUCAUUAAUAAUUCUGAGAAGAAGGGAGAACUCUACUCCUGUCUGCAGGAUGAAUCGACAAGAAUCACCUUUGCUGAUUACUCAGUCUCUUUUCAGGGGACAGCCCACUCCUGGGGUUUGGUCUUCAGAGAGGUGCUUCUUGUUCCAGAGGAGAUGCUGCUGGUACUGAGAGUCUUUUCUCCAGUUCCUAACUGUUGUCUGCAUGUUGUAAACAAUGAUACGGGAGAGGAGGUCGAGAUGCUCCCUCAUGUUUAUAAACCCAACAAGCUUGGUUAUACGUUUGUUGCAGAGGUAAUCAAACCUGACAUUCCUGCCAGUUAUGCCAAGUGGAGGAUGCGGUUGAUUAGUUCAAAAGAACCACUUCCGAAACUGUCCCGUGAAACUCCUGUCAGCACAUUUUCAGUGAAGGAAUUCCAAGAUUAUUACAUUCCCAAUAACAAAAAUCUCAUAUGCCGUUACUGUGUUCAGGUGAUGACAGAUGUCCUGGGCACAAUUCAGUUUGAAACGUCUGACCCCCAUGUCUUGAUACGCCUGUCUGUCCUGGACAAGGAGAAGGAGGUGGCUGGUAACAUUGGAAUGGGCUUUGUUGUACUUCCUGUAUUUUUCUUCCUGGCCAACAAACGUCAGAACUCAUUAGACCCCAGUUGUGCAGAUGAAAACAAAGAAAUUACAUCCUCCUACCAGGACACUCACCAGCAAAGAGACGGUACACACAACGCAGCUAUAAGAUCAGACAUCUCAUCUGACCACAGCCAGGAUCAUAAGUAUGUGGUGCAAGCAAAGAUACAUUGUGGCAACUGGAAUUUGGAUGAAUCCCAGCUGGCUUUUGUCCAUAUGCUACAAGAAAUGAACAAGAAUGAAAUGAGAGUGUUCAAGCAUGAAGAUUUAAAGUCUUCAUCUACGAUCAGCACAUCAAGCCACGAUGGAAACAAGCCUGACACACAGAAAACAAGCCGAAAAGGUGAAGGUGACAAGCAGAAAGGGAAGCCAGCUGCUUUCCCCAAAUCUGGUCCCAAGCAGGAUACGAGGCUGGACCUGACUAAGCCAAACUGGACACUGCGUGUCGUCACUGACCAGACCAAACUAGAGUGUCUUGAAGUAAAGAAAGAUACGGAGAGAGCUGACCAGAUUAGAUCUAUUAAAAAAGCUUGGGAAACAGCUGAGCCAGGACGCUCUGAGAAGGCUUUCCAGUCCUGCUUCCGGUUCCUCAAACAGGUUCUACAUAAGGAAAGUAAUGAUGCUACGUCAGAUGAAAGCAAAGACAUCGCUCCAUCCAGCUCUGAUCCUGAUACCCAUGUCAGUCCAUCCGAUGUUAAAAUGACCGUCGCCUCCUCGCUGUGUCAAAUAGACAACAGUCAUUUGAUCAGACACCAGAAGGAUUCUCCAGAACCAAUGGACUCAGAUCGGGAGGAGGCCAGGCAGAAAGACCACUUUGAAAAGAUCCAGAACUACCGGUUGGCCCGUGAAAACCUGCUUGAACGCUACAAACAGAAGAUGUUGGAAAAAUAUGAGCUAAAGAAGCAUCACCUUGAGGUGUAUGAGAACAUGCUGGUGGCCAGUGAGAAAUUAUCUGAUGAUUGCAAACAAUUUUGCAGCAGUCUGAUAGCAUUGACUAAAAAGGAGCCAGAAGAGAAGCCGGCUUUGAAAGAGCCUGAGGUGGCAGUUCUAAAGAAAACACUCACUCCUACUGGUGUUAAUCCAUCCAAGAAACAUGCCAAGAGAGGUGAAAAGGAAUGAUAAUCACUGGCUUCAACAUUCAGUUUAAGUUGACCUCAACAAGUCUGCUUGAACUCUGAAAAAUCUUAACUUAAUUUCUUGCUUGUUCUUUAUGGCACAACGCCAAACACAAGGUUUGGUUGCACAAUUCAAAGCUGCUUGUGCUGCAGUCUCCUCCUUUUCUACUGUUUUAUGAUCUUAAACUUUACUGUAAAGAUACUGCAGGCUGCAGAUGUUUAUGAAUAUUUGUAAUGGUACAGCUUGAUAAAUUAGAUUAUCAUUGGAAAGAAAAAUUAUUUUACCAGUUUAAUAAAAAAAAGCUUGAACUCAUAUUAAACAGAUUCCUUACAUGCAGAGUUUUAUAUUUCAGGUAUUCUGUUAAAUGUGUUGAUGAAUAGAGCUUGAAGUCAAUGAAAACCCAAAAUUUAGUUUAUUAGAAAAUCUGAGUAUUGCAUAAUUCUCAAGUAAAGAAAUAUCCUACUGAAAACUACUUCCAUGUACAGUACUGUACAAUAUAUACACUCAAUACUUUGAUGGGGCUCUGUUUGCUUUAAGUACUGCAGCAGUGGUGUGGAGGUGAUUGGCCUGUCUCUGCUGAGGUAUUAAGUAACUUUAGUAGUGACCUUCAACUUGUCUGUAUCGUUGGGUUUGGCAUCUGUCAUUUUGUGCUCUUCCUCUGAGACCUUGAUUUUCCUGAGAAACUGACUUUCAGGUUUUCAUUAGUCAUAAGUUCUAUCCUUCCAAAUUAACAGAAAUAAAUCACUGUCUAUAUGAGUUUCACUUUUUGAGUACAAUUUCUGAACAAAAUUGACUUUUGACCCAUAUUUGUAUCUACCCGCAAUUUAUUUUUACUACUGUAACAAAAUAUUUACUAGUUCACCUCAUAUUCAACAACUUAAAAUGAAGAAACGUUAUAAUUUAAGGUUUAUUUUAAUGCUUUUUCUAGCUAAAGUGGGCUAGACUGUUUCUAAGAGUGAUUCAUGUUCACAUUUCAGCAUUUCAUCUUUUAAAUGUGGAGGAAAAGUUUCUCUCUGCAGACCUGUGAUUUGAUAUUUAAGACAUUUUCCCUUCGGGGCUGUGCAGCUUCAUUUUGAAGCCAGCUCUGGUUCCAUUUCAAAGUAACAGUCAAAUAUACAAUUUUCCAAUGUGUUGUUGUACUGUGGCAUCCAUUGCACAGGCUUUUGGAAUUGAUUUUUAAUAAAUUAAAGAUAUAGUUUUCACCUA